UCUUUGAGCACAGGGAGCCCACCUCAUUAUCCAAAUUCCACAACAGCCCUGACUUGGAGAGAGCAGGUCUGUUCUACUCAAGAGGGAGAAGCUGCAGCCCUGGGAAGGAUGGGAGUGCUGGUGAGAGCAGCUGUGCUUAUGAGUCCUCUUCUUUUCUGCAAUGCUUUUCUGGACCUGACUGGCCCCAAUGAGAUUGAAGGCAUAUGGAAGGGAUCUACCACCUUGCCAUGUGCCUAUGCGCCUGUGGAGGACUUUGUGCAGCAAACACUUACGUGGAUGGUGGUACAUGACCAGAGCUCUGGCACCAUCUUUCGGAGGGAUGGCUCUGGCGACCACAUUCUCCUGUCUGAGUACAGAGGCAGGGUCAGCGUCCUGAAGGACACCCCAGGAAAUGUGUCUCUCCACAUCCUGAACCUGGAAGUCUCUGACAGGGGAACCUACACCUGUCAGGUCACCUGGAGAGCCAGCAACAACAGCCUGAUAGCAAAAGAGAUCACCACUAAAGUGGAGGUUGUUAAAGUUGCAGCGACCAAGCCCGUCAUCAGGGCCGGCGAGCUGGGGCUGACGGUCCCGGCAGGAGCCAGGACCAGCCUGACCUGUGUGGCCAGCGGGUCCCCCCCCAUCAGCUACCGCUGGUUCAGGGGCACCCCAGGAGAGCAAGCCCUGCUCCUGAGCAGCCAGGCCGAGCUGGUGUGGGACAGCCUGCAGCCCUCUGACACCGGAAAGUACUUCUGUGAGGCAGAAAACAGGGUUGGGGCUGGGGCUGUGCAGCAGAGCGACGCCGUUGAGCUGACGGUGAGAGAUCUGCCCACAACAACAGUGGCUUCUCAGAGGGAUGUGGGAACCUCGGUGAGAGACCACCCAACCACAAGUCUGGAAAAAAACCAAACGGAGCUGGUGUUCAGAGGUACCUCAGUAAUCUCUUGGACUCCAUGGGGCUCCACCACUAUUGCAGAUCUGUCCAUAACAGUAGUGACUUCUGAGAAUGGUGUGGGAUAUCCAGAAAAGAAUUAUACAACUCAGAAUUUCCAGAGGACUCACCUGCCCCUGUACCUGGUCAUCUUGAUUGCUGUGGUUUGUGGUGCUGUGGUUUUCCUUGUCAUCUUUCUUAUCAUUUGCAUUAGAAAGCCCAAAGAUGCUGAAGUCUAUGAAGUAAAAUUCCAUAACUCGAGAGCAGCAGCUUCUUCAAGGUAUGAAAGUACGGGUCAUUAUGAGGAACCCAUCUCCUCCACUGAAAACAACUAUGUGAUGGAGACCACGAAAAAUGAAAGAUCUGAAGAAAUAAAUAUGAAAAAGAAUGAAUAUGACUGUGUUGGAAACAUGCAGGAAUCGGAAUAUGAAGUAGGUGACACUAUGUGAGAACCAACAGUGCUCUACAGGUAGCAGUCUUGAAGAAUACCUUCAUCCAGGCAAAAUUUAUCUUCCUAUUCACCUUUGCCUCUGAAAAAUAGGUUGGGCAAGCAGUUUUUGCUCCUCUACGAUUUGUGGAACCUUAAUACCCUCUGCAGUGAAAAUGCAAACCUCUUUAGGAACUUCAGUUACAGACUGCUGUAUAGAUAUUCUGAUUUUGCUUUUCUUGGUUCCCUUUCACCACCUCUGCAGAAGAAAGCCCUUUGAAAGCUAGCAUAUGCAGAUCCCAGGCCAAGAAACUUACUGCUUUAUAUGACCAAAAGGAUCUGCAUUCACAGUCUUCGUCUGGUGGGAGUAGAACCAGCACCGAGGGCUGCUCAACAUCCCCAUCAUCUUUGGGUAAGAAGCGCAGAAUGAGGAUGGACUGGGAAUCAGUGUUUCUCCUCCCAUCCACCUGAAGUGCUGCAUAGGUGGUAGAAUGUCCUUUUAAAUGUGAGAUAGCCCUUAAAGAAACACUGAAAGACAGAUUAAAGCCAGGAUAAAACAAAGAACCUUACCACACUAGGAGCAGCAGUACAAAAAGAAGAAAUGUCUUGUGCACCCAUCGUGCUGUACUCAAUAUGCCUUUCUGCAGCACUCACAAUAAGGUGCAGACACACUUUCUAUAGUUUUGUGCUGGACAGCUUGGGGGAUUCUGAUACUGCAACAAGGCACGUUCUCUCUGAGUUCACCUUCUCUAUUCUCUCUUUUAAUGCAUGUUUAAUAUUUGAAAGAAAUUAGAUACUUUUCCGUAAGUUUGUGGAUAGGAUUUUUUAUGCAUGCCUAAAUUGUUUUGAUAUGAAAAUUUUUGCACAACCGGCUCAUCUUUAAAAUGCCAGCAAGCACUCACAAUUACAGGUCCUCAGUAGAUGAUACCCAUGACAUACUUUCCUCCUGGCUUAGAAGUCCUGAAGGGUAAGUAGGGAGCUGAAAAGCUUUGUUAUUCAUAAUUUCUACUCCCCUGAGUGAACCUAUAACAUGGAUAUUGCAGAGCUAUGGAAGAACCUUUUUAUAAUGAACAAUAGGGCAGUACCGUGUCCGAUUAAAAGCCAUGCGGACAGAUGUAAAACAAAACGAGUGAUCUGAGGGGUGAGGGGGAUAUCAGUGACACAGGUACAGGGUUAGUGGGCCCCCAGAUUGGCUGUUCACACUCACAAAGAUCUGCAUCUGCAGCUCUCUGCGAGCAUCAGCUCAAAAUUCACCAGCAUUCAAGAAGAGUGUUAAGUGCUAUUAGGAAGGGCAUUACAAUGCAAUAGGAAACAGGACUGUGAUACUGUAAAAACCCGUGGAAUGCUUCCACCUUAUGUAUGCGUGUAGGUCUUUCAUCUUGAAAGGGUUUAGCAGAGCAAGAAAAGUUGCUGAGAAUGAUAACAAAGGAUUGUUAGUGGCAUGAAAUCACUUCUGCGCAAAUGCGUUAUACUUUCUCAGCUUGGAAAAGAGAGAAGAACGAGGCAAAAUGAGCAAAGUCAUCAUAACCAGUGUGGAGAAGGUGAAUAAGGACUAUUUGUUUACUGUUUCUCCAAAGAGAAAAGGAAGCAGACAUUAGCUAAAAUUAUCUGGUAGCACUUUUAAAGGGAGAGGAAAGUACUUCUUUUAUGCAAUACAGAAAUAAGUGUGGAACGCAAUGCUACUCAUCCAGUGCUAUGAAAACCCAAAGUACACAGAGGUCCAAUGAGAAAUUAGGGCAAUGAAUGACAUAAAAGUUCAUCAGAAUUCACAAACCACCAGACACACUUCACAGGUACUUAUCAAUGACCUUAUACUUUCUCCCCAAAUUUCCUGCACCACAAGUUUUACUUCUCUUUGUUAAGAAUGUACUUAAAAAUCAAGGACUGAGAAACCUUGAUUUCAAAAUGGAAAGGGAACAAACAGCAGCUUUUGUUGGUGAUGAUGUCUUGGAAAAAAUUGUCAACAUGUACAUGCAGCUUAUUGCAAAUGUGGAGAAGCAAAUGAAAGUCA